AUGGAGGUGACCUGCCUUCUACUUCUGGCGCUGAUCCCCUUCCACUGUCGGGGACAAGGAGUCUACGCCCCAGCCCAGGCCCAGAUCGUGCACGCGGGGCAGGCCUGUGUGGUGAAGGAGGAUAAUAUCAGUGAGCGAGUCUACACCAUCCGGGAGAGCGACACCCUGGUGCUGCAGUGCCUAGUCACUGGUCACCCCCGGCCCCAGGUGCGGUGGACCAAGACUGCUGGCAGCGCAUCUGACAAGUUCCAGGAGACGUCCGUGUUCAACGAGACGCUGCGGAUCGAGCGCAUCGCCCGCACGCAGGGCGGCCGCUACUACUGCAAGGCAGAGAACGGGGUGGGAGUGCCGGCCAUCAAGUCCAUCCGCGUGGAUGUGCAGUACUUGGAUGAGCCCGUGCUGACGGUACACCAGACAGUGAGCGACGUCCGAGGCAACUUCUACCAGGAGAAGACGGUGUUCCUACGCUGCACCGUCAGCUCCAACCCACCCGCCCGCUUCAUCUGGAAAAGGGGUUCCGACACCCUCUCCCACAGCCAGGACAAUGGGGUUGACAUCUACGAGCCUCUCUACACCCAGGGGGAAACGAAAGUCUUGAAGCUGAAGAACCUGCGGCCCCAAGACUAUGCCAGCUACACCUGCCAGGUGUCCGUGCGUAACGUGUGUGGCAUCCCCGAUAAGGCCAUCACCUUCCGGCUCACCAACACCACAGCACCGCCAGCCUUGAAGCUGUCUGUGAACGAAACUCUGGUGGUGAACCCCGGGGAGAACGUGACAGUGCGAUGUCUUCUGACGGGCGGCGACCCCCUGCCCCAGCUGCACUGGUCCCACGGACCCGGCCCACUGCCCCUGGGUGCUCUGGCUCAGGGUGGGACCCUCAGCAUCCCUUCGGUGCAGGCCCGGGACUCUGGCUACUACAACUGUACAGCCACCAACAAUGUAGGCAACCCAGCCAAGAAGACGGUCAACCUGCUGGUGCGAUCCUUGAAGAACGCCACAUUCCAGAUCACCCCCGACGUGAUCAAAGAGAGCGAGAACAUUCAACUCGGCCAGGACCUGAAGCUUUCAUGCCACGUGGAUGCAGUGCCCCAGGAGAAGGUGGCCUACCAGUGGUUCAAAAACGGCAAGCCGGCACGCAUGUCCAAGCGGCUGUUGGUGACCCGCAAUGACCCUGAGCUACCCGCCGUCACCAGCAGCCUGGAGCUCAUCGACCUGCACUUCAGUGACUACGGGACUUAUUUGUGCUUGGCUUCUUUCCCGGGAUCACCGGUGCCUGACCUCAGCGUUGAGGUCAACAUCUCCUCCGAGACAGUGCCGCCCACCAUCAGUGUGCCCAAGGGCCGCUCCGUGGUGACGGUGCGCGAGGGCUCUCCUGCCGAGCUCCAGUGUGAAGUGCGCGGCAAGCCCCGGCCGCCGGUGCUGUGGUCUCGCGUGGACAAGGAGGCCGCCCUGCUGCCCUCAGGGCUGGCCCUGGAAGAGACUCCGGAUGGGAAGCUGCGGCUGGAGCGCGUGAGCCGCGACAUGAGCGGCACCUACCGCUGCCAGACGGCUCGCUACAAUGGCUUCAACGUACGAUCCCGGGAGGCUCAGGUGCAGCUGACGGUGCACUUCCCGCCAGAGGUGGAGCCCAGUUCCCAGGACGUGCGCCAGGCGCUGGGCCGGCCGGUGCUCCUGCGCUGCUCGCUCCUGCGCGGCAGCCCCCAGCGCAUCGCCUCGGCCGUGUGGCGCUUCAAAGGACAGCUGCUGCCCCCGCCGCCUGUCGUUCCCGCCGCCGCCGCCGAGGCCACCGAUCACGCCGAGCUGCGCCUGGACGCCCUGACCCGUGACAGCAGCGGCAGCUACGAGUGCAGCGUCUCCAACGACGUGGGCUCAGCCACCUGCCUCUUCCAGGUCUCCGCCAAAGCCUACAGCCCGGAGUUUUACUUCGACACCCCCAACCCCACCCGCAGCCACAAGCUGUCCAAGAACUACUCCUAUGUGCUACAGUGGACGCAGAGGGAGCCGGACGCCGUGGACCCUGUGCUCAACUACAGACUCAGCAUCCGCCAGUUGAACCAGCACAAUGCCAUGGUCAAGGCCAUCCCUGUGCGGCGUGUGGAGAAGGGGCAGCUGCUGGAGUACAUCCUGACUGACCUUCGUGUGCCCCACAGCUAUGAGAUCCGCCUCACACCCUACACCACCUUUGGGGCUGGAGACAUGGCGUCCCGAAUAAUCCACUACACAGAGCCCAUCAACUCGCCCAACCUAUCAGACAACACCUGUCACUUCGAGGAUGAGAAGAUCUGCGGUUACACCCAGGAUCUGACAGACAACUUUGACUGGACUCGGCAGAAUGCUCUUACCCAGAAUCCCAAGCGUUCUCCUAAUACCGGCCCCCCUACUGAUAUCAGUGGCACCCCUGAAGGCUAUUACAUGUUCAUUGAGACAUCCAGGCCCCGGGAGCUGGGGGACCGAGCCCGGUUGGUGAGUCCCCUGUACAAUGCCAGCGCCAAGUUCUACUGCGUCUCUUUCUUCUACCACAUGUAUGGGAAACACAUCGGCUCCCUCAACCUUCUGGUGCGGUCCAGGAACAAAGGCUCGCUAGAUACACACGCCUGGUCCCUCAGUGGCAAUAAGGGCAAUGUGUGGCAGCAGGCCCAUGUGCCCAUCAACCCCAGUGGGCCCUUCCAGAUUAUUUUUGAGGGGGUUCGAGGCUCGGGCUACCUGGGGGAUAUUGCCAUAGAUGAUGUCACACUGAAGAAGGGAGAAUGUCCCCGGAGGCAGAUGGAUCCCAACAAAGUGGUGGUGAUGCCGGGCAGCGGAGCCCCCAGCCUGUCCAGCCUGCAGCUUUGGGGAUCCAUGGCCAUCUUCCUCUUGGCCUUGCAGAGAUGA